AAGACACGGACCAUGUCUUUCCUAGCCCACCUAUAUUUCCUCCUCCCUUCUCCUUUCUUUUUAAUAAUGUUUUGUUUAUCUUAUGUAGAAGGAGAAGCACAGACUCAAAUCCUGCCGCGGCUUUUUCUACUGAUCAAAGAAACAAAGGCACUUCCAUACGCGUAGAUUGCUUUAAUAAUCUCUUUAACUCUAAAUCUCAAUCUGUGCCAUUCCCUUAGCCUCCUCUACUCCAAUCCUCCCUUCAUUAUUUUUUCUUUUUCUUUUUUUGGUCAUACUUUCUCCCACUUCUCCAUAUAAUUUUAUCUGCUCCUCACAGAGCUUCUUGGGGAUAUUUUUUUUAAUGAGUACCCUUCGUUUUUUAAAUUCUUGUUUUGGUAGUGACAUUCUCUGAAACAUGUAGGGUUUUAUUCUUUGCCUCCCAAACAAAGGCAAAUGCUAAUCUCUUUGGAUCUAAAGUUGUGAUUUUUGGGUACAACAUGGAGCAUGUUUAUUUAUAGUUAAUCUCUUUCGUAUAGAAUUGAUAGUAUAGGUUAAGAAAUGGGAUCUAGUAAUGGGUUUUAUUCUGAAGAGUUCGAUUUGGAUGCUAAGUGGCUUAUUGAUCCAAAGCUUCUAUUCGUUGGGCCAAAGAUUGGGGAAGGUGCUCAUGCUAAAGUAUAUGAAGGAAAGUACAAAAAUCAAAUUGUUGCUAUUAAAAUUGUACAUGGAGGAGAAACCCCAGAAGAGAUUGCCAAGAGAGAAGCGCGGUUUGCAAGGGAGGUUGCAAUGUUAUCUAGAGUUCAGCACAAAAAUCUAGUGAAGUUUAUUGGUGCUUGCAAGGAGCCUGUCAUGGUGAUAGUAACUGAGCUUCUUUUGGGCGGAACAUUGCGAAAAUACUUGCUGAACAUGCGGCCAAGGUGCCUGGACAUGCGUCUGGCUGUUGGAUUUGCUCUUGAUAUUGCUCGUGCAAUGGAAUGCUUGCACUCCCAUGGGAUAAUUCAUCGUGACCUAAAACCUGAGAAUUUGAUCUUGACUGCAGACCAUAAAACAGUUAAACUUGCUGAUUUUGGUUUAGCCAGAGAAGAGUCAUUAACAGAGAUGAUGACUGCUGAAACGGGGACGUACCGGUGGAUGGCUCCAGAGCUUUACAGCACAGUCACAUUAAGGCAUGGUGAGAAGAAACACUAUAAUCACAAGGUGGAUGCUUAUAGCUUUGCAAUUGUGUUGUGGGAGCUCAUUCAUAAUAAAUUGCCUUUUGAAGGCAUGUCAAAUCUACAGGCAGCAUAUGCAGCUGCUUUUAAGAAUGUGAGACCUAGUGCUGAGAACCUCCCAGAGGAUUUGGCGUUGAUUGUGACCUCAUGUUGGAAAGAAGAUCCAAACGCUAGGCCGAACUUCAGCCAAAUAAUACAGAUGCUCCUGCAUUAUCUUUCUACCAUUUCAGCACCAAAACCCGUCAUCCCUGCUAGGAUUUUCACAUCUGAGAAUGCCGUUUUGCCACCAGAGUCUCCUGGUACAAGUUCCUUAAUGGCUGUAAGAGAUGACUUAGGGGAAACCCCAAGAACCCAGAUAGAAGACAAGCCGAAAAGUUUUUUUUUCUGCUUUAACCAAUGUUACUGAUCCCUCCUGAUACACAAAAGUCGUCUCUGGAGGUGUUUAGGCACAUUACAAUAAGCAAGUCUUAAAUAUUAGAAUACGCUUAAAUCUUUAUGAAAAUGGUCGAUCUAGUUAGUUCAGUUGCAAUAGGAAGUUACUCAUCAUCUGAUUGAUGUCUUCAUUAACCUUUGCACGCUUCUCCCCAUGAAUACUAGUUUGUUCUGACAAUGUAUUUAGGGUUUUGGAGUUGGGGUUGCUGUGAUGAUUUAUCAUCACCGAAAUAUAAGGUCCGUCCAAAGGCCUUCA